UGAGGGCAUUAGGACCAGGAGCGAGGCGCACGCCUGGCUCGGGCUGUGUCUGGCAGAGGGCUCUCGGCUGGCUGGCUGCGCGCACGGAGCUAUGUGUGAAAGGAAAUCAGGCACUGCCUGCCGGCUUCUCAUCUGUUGAUCUGACCUGACUUGAAGCAUCCAGCACGACGGCUGUCAGCACUGCUGGACUGAGGACCCACCAGCUCCACCAGACAUCGCAUAGCAACCUGACCACUCGUGCAAGGGGGGAAACGAAACACACGGGAUUAGACACCUGAGCAGAAUGGAAUCAUUGCUUUUUCCCAAGGAGAAAAAGGGGGUCAAAGGGGCCAAACAAUUGAAUUUGAAGUCCCCGUGAAUGGGCUUCUCGAAGGCAAUUAAAGAAAUCCACGCAGAGAGGACCUGGGGUGGGCCUUGGGUCCUGUGGCUUUCAGACUGUAAGUGGGAGCUGGCCUUACACACGCUGUUGGUAAAUGGCAGACGGCAUCAAAGGAGCAGGUGAAGUGAUUGUCCGAAAACUUCCAGGUGGAACCAGGAACCCAGUGCUGCUGCAAGCUCCACGGAUCCUGGAGCAGGAGGAGACAGCAAACUUGAACAUGACCUGUUGCAUCUGGCAAGUUCCAGCAACAUGCUCCUAAGGAAGCGAUGCAGGCACGGACCAUGCAGACUGCAGUUCCUGCUGCUCUUCCUGAUGCUGGGAGGCGUGCUGCUGAUGGUGGCUGUGCUGCCCCCGCCCCCGCAGGCCCUGCACCAGGCCGACACAGCCCAGGCCGCCCAGCACAGCCCUGAAGCUGGGUACCGCCUGGACUUUGGGGAGUCCCAGGAAUGGGUGCUGGAGUCCGAGGAUGAGGACCAAGAGUACGGGCCCUUGGAGGGCCUGCCGCCCUUGAUCUCGCUGCGGGAGGAUCAGCUCCUCGUGGCCGUGGCCUCACCCAGGGUCCGAAGGAACCAGAGCCAGGGCAGGAGAGGGGGCAGCUACCGGUUCAUCAAGCAGCCGAGCAGGAGGCUGGACCAGGAGGCCGCAGAGAAGGACUGGGGGGCGGAGGAGGAGGACGAGGAGGCAUCUGAAGAAGAUGAGGGGACCAAGCUCAGCCUGGAGGAGACGCUCAGCGCCCGCAUCCCCCUGCAGAGGGCGCUGCCCGAGGUACGGCAUCCGCUGUGUCUGCAGCAGCACCCUGAGGACGGCCUGCCCACGGCCAGCGUCAUCCUCUGUUUCCACGACGAGGCCUGGUCCACCCUCCUGAGAACGGUGCACAGCAUCCUGGACACGGCGCCCAGGGCCUUCCUGAAGGAGGUCAUCCUCGUGGACGACCUCAGCCAGCAAGGACAGCUCAAGGCCGCUCUCAGCGAGUAUGUGGCCAGGCUGGAGCGGGUGAGGCUGCUCAGGAGCAGCAAGAGGCUGGGCGCCAUCGGGGCCCGGAUGCUGGGCGCCACCAGGGCCACUGGGGACGUGCUGGUCUUCAUGGACUCCCACUGCGAGUGCCACCCGGGCUGGCUGGAGCCUCUCCUCAGCAGAAUAGCUGGUGACAGGAGCCGGGUGGUGUCUCCAGUCCUAGAUGUGAUUGACUGGAAGACUUUCCAGUAUUACCCCUCCAAGGACCUGCAGCGAGGUGUGCUGGACUGGAAGCUGGAUUUCCACUGGGAGCCUUUGUCGGACAGGGAAAGGAAGGCCCGCCUGUCCCCCAUCAGCCCCAUCAGGAGCCCUGUGGUGCCCGGCGGGGUCGUGGCCGUGGACAGACAUUACUUCCAAAACACUGGAGCGUAUGACCCUCUCAUGUCACUGCGGGGUGGUGAAAACAUCGAACUGUCUCUCAAGGCCUGGCUUUGCGGUGGCUCGGUUGAAAUCCUUCCCUGCUCUCGGGUGGGGCACCUCUACCAGAAUCAGGAGGCCAACUCCCCACCUGACCAGGAGGCCACCCUGCUGAACAAGGUUCGCAUUGCUGAGACCUGGCUGGGCUCAUUCAAAGAAACCUUCUACAGGCACAACCCAGAGGCCUUCUCCCUAAGUAAGGCUGACAAGCCAGACUGCACAGAACGCCUGCAGCUGCAAAGGAGACUGGGUUGUCGAACGUUCCACUGGUUUCUGGCCAACGUCUACCCUGAGCUGUACCCAUCUGAGCGCAGGCCCAGGUUCUCUGGAAAGCUCCACAACACCGGGCUUGGCUUCUGUGCAGACUGCCAGGCAGAAGGGGACCUCCUGGGCUGUGCCAUGCUGCUGGCUCCUUGCAGUGACAGCCGGCGGCAACAGCACCUGGAGCACACCGGCAGGAAGCAGAUCCACUUUGGAAGCCCACAGCACCUGUGCUUCGAUGUUAGGCGAGAGCAGGUGAUUCUUCAGAACUGCACCGCGGAAGGCUCUGCCAUCCACCAGCAGCACUGGGACUUCCAGGAGAAUGGAAUGAUUGUUCACAUUCUUUCUGGGAAAUGCAUGGAAGCUGUGGUGCAGGAAAACAAUAAAGAUUUGUACUUGCGCCAGUGUGAUGGAAAAGCCAGCCAGCUGUGGCGAUUUGACAAUGUCAGCGCUGUGGAUGAACGAUGAAUGCCAGUGUCUGAAGGAAAAGCAAAGAUUGGUCCUCACAGUUCAGUGACAAGAGAGCUAAGAAAGUAUGUAUAUCCCAUGAAGCACAUCCUCUGUGUUUGUACUCCUUGUGAGAGCAGAGAAGAAGGCUCCAUGAAUGAGUAUAGAAAGUCUUUCCCCUCUCGCACCUAUGCCAUUGACUGCUGGCUAUUUUCAAAAAAGAAAAAAAAAUAUAUAUAUAUUGUCUUCAUAACUGGUAGAUGAUCAUUACAUACUACAGAAGAUUCUUCGUUUUCUUGAUUGGGCAUGUAAUAAUUGCUUUUAUCUCUGACUAAGAAGAGAGGCCUGGACAUUCUCUGCUAGCGCUUCCAGGAUGCAUAAAUCCAAUUGACCAAUUUAUUUCAAAUGGCCUUACCUUGGAUUGUCUGUGUAACCAACUAUGGAAAUUAAAGUGUAAAGAGAGCAUAUGGCCUGGCAUACAAAAAACUCUGGAUUAAGCCUAUUAGGACAAAUUUCAUGUUCCUGGUUGAGCCCUAGCUCAGAAUAAGGAAGGGAAGCUACUGAGAGAAGAGCAGGACUGGAGAGAAGAUGGAAGAGAGCUUUGGACCAACUCUCCAGCUCAGCCUCGCAGCUGAAAAGCAGCAAAUGUGGGAUAGGACGUUUUCAUGUUAAUGAGAAUUUUCUCAGAACUUUCUACCUCCAUUCACCCUGCCCUAGCCCUUUUCUAAUUUGGUUAACCACAACCUCUCUGAGGGGAAAUACCGGUGUCUGAGCCAAAAUUCUUAUGAGAGGAACCAGAGUUGGGUGUUAAUGUUUAGGGGCGGGGAGGGGAGGGUGAUAGGCCUGUAGGAACUGUCUGGAACCCUAAGCGUGCCCACAAGUUGAACAUUGACAACUGUGGGAGGAACACACCUCCACUAGAGCAGAGCCAUUGGCUCUCCUUGCUGUGACCCGGCCUAGUGUGACCAUAUGUGUUGAUGAGUGGGGUUGGUUCUGCUAUUCAGGAGUCACCAUUCAUGCCCAUUUCUCCUCCAGAUAGAGUUCCCUCUUCACAUGCUCAGCUUAGAAACCUCCCCUCAAAGAUGCUGGUCUCCUUUGGGCUGUUUCAGAAUGCAGUGUGUUUCAAAUAAGGAAAACGAGAUAGGAAGUGAGGGUUUCUAAACAAUGCCUAUCAUAAUUAUGUAUUCCUCCUCCUACUUAAGUCCAUGAUUCACUCACUGCGUUUCUCCUUCCUCAGAAGACACUUUAGACCUGUGCUAGUAGCUACUAGCCACCUGUGGCUAUCUAUAUGUAAAUACAUUAAAAUGAAAAAAAAAAAGUCAACUCAGCUCUUCAGCUGUACUGGUCACAUUCCAAGUGCUCAAUAGUCACAUGUGGCUAGGGGCAACUGUAUUAGAGAGCACAGAUUAUAGAACAUUUUAUCAUCGCAAACAGUUCUUUUGGAUAGCACUGAUCUACAUAAGUCCAUCCUCACAUUAAGAGAAGAAAUUCCAGCCAUCGUCUUCUUCUUUCAGGCUUGUCUAUAUUUAAAACAAAUUCCUCUAAUAUUUUGAGGUGGAGACCAAGCUAAUAAAGGGUAUUAUUAGCUUGUAAAGGGUAUUAAUGAUUGAAAAAUAAAAAUUAAACAAGACCUUUAUUUUUUUAAAGGAACUUUAUUAUUGGUAUUGUGGGUAUUUGAAGUUGCUGGAAUGAAUUAAUAUAAUUAAAUAAAAGGCUGAAUUCAA